UUGGAAGUUUCCGAGCCAAUAUUUCUUGUUCACCCUGCCAACAAUCUUCAUGAUACCAAUACUAAACUUGUCCUGUCAAUUUGCUCACUGGGAAUAGGGAAUUUCCCUUCACACGCCCUGACUCUUGUCUCGUGACGUGCCCUCUCAUCCUCUGACAUUUCCCCCCACCGGCUGCCGGGUCACUGGUUCCUGCGCAUCAGUCGCCUUUCUUCAAGACCGUUGGUGGCUUCCUACUUGACGCAGUUAUUCGGCCUUGCUUGCCGGACUGUCUUGGCCAUGAGCUUCAAUCAACACGACGUCCAGUCUCCCAACGAGAUGAUGGUGGACGCAGACGAAUACGUCAGCGUUACCGACGAAUCCGAGAAGGAAUCUAUUGCCAUUAUCAGCCCAGACACUCUCGAUAGCGAGGCCGACCAGUUGCAGGAUCUACCACUGGCCACUGACCAUGAUGCGAUGAGAGAGCUCAUUCUACCCCCACUCGCCGAAGAGCCAAAGGUCCUUGAAGAUGUCGUCAAUACUUGGUCUAUCCAAUCUUGGCGAAGCUUGAACAAACGAGAACAGGGCCCUGUCUUCCAAGCUGGUAGCUAUCCAUGGCGCGUUUUACUGUUUCCCUACGGAAACAAUGUCGACCAAUGUUCCAUCUACCUCGAACAUGGCUUUGAAAAGCCCGCGGACAUCCCGGAGAACUGGAGUUGCUGCGUUCAGUUUGCGCUAGUGCUCUCUAAUCCGAACGACCCGCGACUCUAUAUCCACCAUGUUGCGCACCAUCGGUUUACGAAGGAGGAGGCUGAUUGGGGGUUCACGCGGUUCUACGAGCUGCGGAAGAUGUUCAAUGUGCCCUUCGAAGGCGCCACUCGGCCUCUCUGCGAAAAUGAUAUGGCCACUAUCACGGCCUACGUCCGAGUUGUAGAAGACGAGACGGGUGUCUUGUGGCACAACUUCACCAACUAUGACUCCAAGAAGGAAACGGGCUACGUCGGUCUGAAGAACCAGGGCGCGACAUGCUACCUGAACUCUCUUCUGCAAUCACUGUACUUCACGAACGCCUUCAGAAAAGCCAUCUACGGAAUUCCCACUGAACAUGAGGAUAGCUUAAGCAACAGUGCAUACACGCUUCAGCGCCUCUUCUACCAGCUGCAAACUUCCGAUGCCGCAGUCGGGACAAAUGAACUCACCAAGUCUUUCGGCUGGGAGACGCGACAUAUCUUUGAACAACAAGACGUGCAGGAGCUGUCGAGAAAACUCAUGGAGCGGAUGGAAGAGAAAAUGAAGGGCACACCUGCUGAGAGGGUUCUCCCCGAGAUGUUCAGCGGCAAGAUCAAGACAUAUAUUUCGUGCGUCAACGUCGAUUACGAAUCCAGCCGCAUCGAGGACUUCUGGGACAUUCAACUCAACGUCAGCGGCAACAAGAAUCUCCUGGAAAGUUUCGAAGAUUAUAUUCAGGUUGAGAAGAUGGAGGGGGAAAAUCAGUACUAUGCAGGGGACGAACACAAAUUGCAAGACGCCAACAAGGGCGUCAUCUUUACCAGCUUCCCGGACGUUUUGCAUCUGCAACUGAAGCGGUUCGAGUACGACAUCCAGCGCGACAUGAUGAUGAAGAUCAACGAUCGCUACGAAUUCCCCGAGGUUUUUGAUGCCGCGCCGUAUCUUUCAGAGGAUGCCGACAGAUCAGUAUCUUGGACGUAUCAGUUGCACGGCGUUCUUGUCCACAGUGGUGAUUUGAACGCGGGUCAUUACUAUGCCUUCCUCAAGCCGAACAAGGAUGGCUGGUUCUAUCGCUACGAUGAUGACAAGGUCACCAGGGCGACGAUGCGGGAGGUUCUGGAGGAGAACUUCGGGGGCGAGUUCAGGACAGCUAAUGGCGCAUACCUACGAGCUCCGCUCCAGAAGAAGGCUCCCGCCAUGCGCCAGAAUAGCGCCUACAUGCUGGUGUAUAUUCGGCAGUCCCGCCUAGACAAGAUCCUAUGUCCCGUUACUGAAGACGACAUCCCGAGGCACCUGAGAAGCAAGGUCGAGGAGGAGUCCGCUUUGCGGGAAGCUCGGAGGAAAGAGCGUGAGGAGCAGCAUCUCUAUAUCGGCGUCAAGGUCAUCACGGAGGAGACCUUCAGACAUCACGGAGGAACCGACUUGGCCGUUUUCGACGCUGGUCCGCAGUCCGAAGAUGCAGCCGCCCCUCGUUUCUACCGAGUACUCCGCAGUAUGUCCAUGGAACAACUGGUGGAAAUCGUUGCGAAGGACCUGAACCAAGCACCCCAGAACGUCCGCUUCUGGGUCAUGGUCAACCGGCAGAACAAGACCGUUCGACCAGACCAGCCCAUCAUGGAUCUGUCCCCGACGGUAGAAGAGACUUUCCAGAGAGCUUCGGCACAUAGGGAUCAGAUUCUUCGCCUCUGGGCCGAAGUCGCAGAGGAAACCACUGCCGAGGGCAAUGCCAUCUGGCCUACCCACGAGCCGCACGACAACGGAAUCGUUGUGAAGAAUGACCUAAUUCUGGUGUUCCUCAAGCAUUUUGACGUCGAGGCCCAGACCCUCCGUGGCGUAAGCCAUGUCUAUAUCAGCAGAGAAAAGAAAGUUGAAGAGCUUGUCCCUUUGAUCAUGAAAAAAAUGGGUUGGGGGGACAAGCUCCCAGCCGAGGACAAGAUUUUCCUCUUCGAGGAAAUCAAGCCGAGCAUGAUUGAGGUUUUGAAACCCAAGCAGACACUGAAAGGGGCCGAACUGCAGGAUGGCGACAUCAUUUGCUUCCAGCGUAGCGUUGAUCGCAAGACAGAUCGGAACUACCUUGAGAAGCGUCUUGGCCUGAAUGAGAAGCAGUCAACAGAGGACCUGACGAAAAAGAGCGACCGCUGCGAGGAUGCGCGUGACUACUACGACUUCCUCCACAACAAGAAGACGGUCAAGUUCCACCCGCACCCGACACGGACGAACAAUGAGAAGUUCCCUCCUUUUGAGCUUGAUCUCAACUCAAAGAUUACCUACGACGUGCUAGCAGAGCGGGUGGCUGAGUAUAUCGGCUGGCAGCCAACACAUCUUCGGUUCUGGACUGUAAACGCCUCAACUGGUAACCCCAGAACCCCUGUUAAGCGCGGACCGAACCAGACCCUACAGUCGAUCUUAAAUCCGACCGGGUUCAACCACUUGAGCACUACCCAGCGAUCAGACGCCUUCUAUUUCGAGGUUCUAGAAAUGAGCCUUGCCGAGCUAGACACGAAGAAGAGCGUCAAGAUUAGCUGGCUGAGCGAGGGCAUCACGAAAGAGGAGCCGUAUGAUAUUCUUGUUCCUAAGAAUGGCAACAUCGAGGACCUCAUCCAAGCGCUCGUCAACAAGGCCGAGAUUCCUGACGAGGCCGAGGAUGGCCGCAUUCGUGUUUAUGAAUCCAGCCAGAAUAAGUUCUACCGUGAACUGUCGCGCGAGUACCCGGUCAUUAGCCUGAACGAGUACACGGGUCUAUUCGCAGAGCGGGUGCCGGAAGAAGAGUUGAAAGCCGACGAGGGCCAUUUUAUUCCGGUGUUCCAUUUCCAGAACGAACCUCAACGUACUCACGGCAUCCCGUUUAAAUUUUUGCUGAUAGAGGGUGAGAAGUUCUCAGACACGAAGAAACGCCUCGAGAAACGAACGGGCCUCAAGGGGAAGAGCUUCGAGAAGAUAAAGAUCGCAGUAGUUAGGAGAUCUCAAUUCUCGAAGGCCCAGUACCUGAACGAUGAUGAUGUUUUGUGGGACGUCGCAACGGACGAUGACUCGCUGGGACUGGAUCAUGUGGACCGCACCCGCACUAUGCGCAAUGGUGCUGGUGACAUGUUUUUGCGCUAGAUCAUAGGUCUCCGUUGAGCCAGUGUAACGCGUGUAUGAAGUACGCAUGUAUAGAAGGCGCAUGAACAGAGCCUCAAGGAUGGGGAGCGAUUCUAGUAGCGGAGGUUUUUAUCUCAUAUCAGGAGGAGCUUUUCCCUUACUCUCAGAAAAAAGAAACCAGUUAUUUGGCAUUAUACUAUCUCUUACGAGGUUCAUGGACUUGCUUCCGAGCUGGGCGGAAUGAACGAAUAUGGCCAGGAGGAUGCGUUGCGAAAGAGAUGUGGAUAUAUUCCACCAGUCAGCGGUCAGUGGAGUUCGAGAGAAUGAAGGAAGUAAGGUAUUAAGCAAGAAAAUACUUCCGAGUUCUACGAGCCCGACUGUUUCACUGCCAUGACUUGUCCGCGGUAUCUACUGAGUAGGUACCUUAGGUAGCUCCUUGCAAGUUGAUUUAUAAGACCGAACCGUGAAGUCGGUAAUAAUGAGUACGUACCUUAGUAAU